AGGUGGUGGGAGGGAUGGAAGGAGGGAGGUGGGUGUUGCGGGGCUGCGCUUGGCCUCUCUGAAAUCCCCAGUCCUUCCACUCCCUAGGGCUUUGCCUCCGAGGUCACAAAAGCUGUGGCCCCCAAUCCACAUACACACACACACACGUUUACUUUUUAAAUCUGGAGACUCGAAAGAUGACACACGCCAGAGCUGGAGGGCAUCUGCAAGGAGCGGACCCUUCCCUCCUCCCUCUUAACACAUGGGAAAACUGAGGCCCUGGUUUGGGAUUUCCCGGCCCUCCCACUCCGUCCUCCGGCCUCUUGCCCGCCAGGGUCCUGGGACGCUUCCGCAGAGCCGCAGGCGAGCGCAGGCUGGGGCUCCCGGGGGUCCCCGCCGUCGGGGCAGCCCCUUCGCCCGGCGCCGCCCCGCCCCGCCUCGCCGCCCGCCCGGCCCGGCCGCCGCCGCCGCGCACUCGCCGGGAGCCAGCGACCGAGGGCGGAGGCGGGGAGGGAGCGACCGAGGCUGGGAGGGGUGUUGGCGAGCGCUCUCGCGCUGUGUAUGGUCUAUCGGAGGCAGCUGACCUUUGAGGAGGAAAUCGCUGCUCUCUGCUCCUUCCUGUAGUAACAGCCUUCGCCGCCGCCGCCGCCGCCGCCAGGAGCCCGGGCCGGAGCGAGAGCCGCGGGGCGCAGAGCCGGCCCGGCUGCCGACGGCUCGGCCCCACCAGGUGAACGGCCAUGGCGGGCUGGAUUCAGGCCCAGCAGCUGCAGGGAGAUGCGCUGCGCCAGAUGCAGGUGCUGUACGGGCAGCACUUCCCCAUCGAGGUCCGGCACUACUUGGCACAGUGGAUUGAGAGCCAGCCAUGGGAUGCCAUUGACCUGGACAAUCCCCAGGACCAAGCCCAGGCCACCCAGCUCCUGGAGGGCCUGGUGCAAGAGCUGCAGAAGAAGGCGGAGCACCAGGUGGGGGAAGAUGGGUUUUUACUGAAGAUCAAGCUGGGGCACUACGCCACGCAGCUCCAGAACACGUAUGACCGCUGCCCCAUGGAGCUGGUCCGCUGCAUCCGGCACAUUCUGUACAAUGAACAGAGGCUGGUCCGAGAAGCCAACAAUUGCAGCUCUCCUGCUGGGAUCCUGGUUGACGCCAUGUCCCAGAAACACCUUCAGAUCAACCAGACGUUUGAGGAGCUGCGACUGGUCACGCAGGACACAGAGAAUGAGCUGAAGAAGCUGCAGCAGACGCAGGAGUACUUCAUCAUCCAGUACCAGGAGAGCCUGAGGAUCCAGGCUCAGUUUGCCCAGCUGGCCCAGCUGAGCCCCCAGGAGCGCCUGAGCCGGGAGACGGCCCUGCAGCAGAAGCAGGUGUCCCUGGAGGCCUGGCUGCAGCGCGAGGCCCAGACGCUGCAGCAGUACCGCGUGGAGCUGGCCGAGAAGCACCAGAAGACCCUGCAGCUGCUGCGGAAGCAGCAGACCAUCAUUCUGGACGACGAGCUGAUCCAGUGGAAGCGGCGGCAGCAGCUGGCCGGGAACGGCGGGCCCCCCGAGGGCAGCCUGGACGUGCUGCAGUCCUGGUGUGAGAAGUUGGCUGAGAUCAUCUGGCAGAACCGGCAGCAGAUCCGCAGGGCUGAGCACCUCUGCCAGCAGCUGCCCAUCCCCGGGCCAGUGGAGGAGAUGCUGGCCGAGGUCAAUGCCACCAUCACAGACAUCAUCUCAGCCCUGGUGACCAGCACGUUCAUCAUCGAGAAGCAGCCCCCUCAGGUCCUGAAGACCCAGACCAAGUUCGCAGCCACCGUGCGCCUGCUGGUGGGCGGGAAGCUGAAUGUGCACAUGAACCCCCCCCAGGUGAAGGCCACCAUCAUCAGCGAGCAGCAGGCCAAGUCCCUGCUCAAGAACGAGAACACCCGCAACGAGUGCAGCGGGGAGAUCCUGAACAACUGCUGCGUGAUGGAGUACCACCAGGCCACGGGCACCCUCAGCGCCCACUUCAGAAACAUGUCACUGAAGAGGAUCAAGCGUGCUGACCGGCGGGGCGCAGAGUCUGUGACGGAGGAGAAGUUCACUGUCCUGUUUGAGUCUCAGUUCAGUGUUGGCAGCAAUGAGCUUGUGUUCCAGGUCAAGACUCUGUCCCUACCAGUGGUUGUCAUCGUCCAUGGCAGCCAGGACCACAAUGCCACAGCCACCGUGCUAUGGGACAACGCCUUUGCUGAGCCGGGCAGGGUGCCAUUUGCGGUGCCCGACAAAGUGCUGUGGCCGCAGCUGUGCGAGGCGCUCAACAUGAAAUUCAAGGCCGAAGUGCAGAGCAACCGGGGCCUGACCAAGGAGAACCUCGUGUUCCUGGCGCAGAAACUGUUCAACAGCAGCAGUAGCCACCUCGAGGACUACAACAGCAUGUCCGUGUCCUGGUCCCAGUUCAACAGGGAGAACUUGCCGGGCUGGAACUACACCUUCUGGCAGUGGUUCGACGGGGUGAUGGAGGUGCUGAAGAAGCACCACAAGCCCCACUGGAAUGACGGGGCCAUCCUCGGCUUUGUCAAUAAGCAGCAGGCCCACGACCUGCUCAUCAACAAGCCCGACGGGACCUUCUUGCUGCGCUUUAGCGACUCAGAAAUCGGGGGCAUCACCAUUGCCUGGAAGUUUGACUCCCCGGACCGUAACCUGUGGAACCUGAAACCGUUCACCACUCGGGAUUUCUCCAUCAGGUCCCUGGCUGACCGGCUUGGGGACCUGAGCUAUCUCAUCUACGUGUUUCCUGACCGCCCCAAGGAUGAGGUCUUCUCCAAGUACUACACUCCUGUGCUCGUUAAAGCAGGUGACGGAUACGUGAAGCCACAGAUCAAGCAAGUGGUCCCUGAGUUUGUGAACGUGUCUGCGGACGCCGGGGCCAGCACCACAUACAUGGACCAGGCGCCCUCCCCAUCUGUGUGCCCCCAGGCUCACUAUAACAUGUACCCACAGAACCCUGACCCUGCCCUUGAGCAGGACGGAGAAUUUGACCUGGAUGAGAGCAUGGAUGUAGCCCGGCACGUGGAGGAGCUCUUGCGCCGACCCAUGGACAAUCUUGGCCCUCGCCUCUCCCCCACUGCUGUUCUCUUCACUCCUGCCAGAGGCUCCCUCUCAUGAAUGUUCGAAUCCCACGCUUCCCUUGGGAAAGGAUAUUCAAUGUGAAGAGCUCGUGUUAAUUGUGAUUUUAGAAUUGCUGUGCAUACUGAUGCCUUUGCAGGCAGCACGGGACGCGUGCGUUUGUGUGUGCUUGUGCACGAGGCGUGCCUGCCGUGCCGGCAGUCCUGGGGGGGAUGUGCUGCAGCCGCCGCGGCCCUUCCUCAGAUCCAGGCAUCCAGGAGCCGGCUGGGUCUGUGUCUGUCGUGGAGAGACCGAGCCUCUGUCACUGCGGGUGCUCAGUGCAGGCAAGCCUGUUCCUCCUGUGACUUUCGUCUGCUCUGUAGCUAUUUGAACGAAAUUAUCCAAGAAGGGAAAGGAGAACAGAGUCUCUAAGCUAAAGUCUCACUCCUGAGCAGCUUUGCCCUCCCAAAUGUGUGUAUGUCUGUCCGUGCAGCUGUCCUUACGCACACGCGUUGGUCUAAUUGAUUCUUUCCCUCAGGAGGGAGGGUGGGGCUUGUUUUUGAGUAAUAUUUUAUACUUUAGUGAAUGUGGACUCCAGACUUUGUGAGAACUGGGAGUUUGGGCCGCGGCCAUGUCCUGAACAUGGUAGAGCUGGGUUGAGUCAAGUCAAGGCUGUCUGGGCUGCUCUGAGUACUUACUUGGUCUCUUGUCCUUGAACCAGGAGGUUGGGUGUUUCAAGUCUGCCCCCAAAAAUUCCACCAGGGAUCCCCUCCCCUCCUGGAGGUCAGGCCUGACCUUGUUUCUUUGGCUUUUUGUUUAUAACCUUGCUUUCUGGAGAGGAGAGAAAGACUGGUCUAGGACAUGGUGGGCGAACAGGGGACCUGGGACUUGCAGAGCUGAUCCCUCCCUCCUGGAAAAAAAAACUGCAUCAAGAGACAAGUGGCCAAGCAGCCACUUGCUGCGUGCCUGUGGAAUCUGGAGUGAGGGGUAAAAGCUGAUCUCGCUGGGCUCCCCUGGGAGGUGGGACUCGGACGAGGCCUCCACUGUUGCGUAACUGGCUGUGGUCUGAGGCAGCCUUGCUCCCGCCCCACACGACCCGCAGCCAGGGGCAGCUGACCGCAGGAGCCCGGGAGUCCCAGGCUGAAACAUCUCUGAAGGGAGGCGGAGACGAGAAGAGGGAGUCUUUUGUAGUUUGUACAAAGACCACACAUUUGUAUAAGUGUUUUUGAAUAAAAUGUUUUUUUUUUUUUCAUAA